AUGCAGAGAGAACACAGGGAUGCAAUCCAAAGUAACUUUAGCUCCCUGGUGGAGCGUACGGAUCUUGAUUCAGUUGUUACAGCUUUGUAUGAAAAGGGAGUAUUUUCAGAGCAAAUGAUCGAACCGUACAGAAACAACUCUGAGUUGGAAAGGGAUCGGAAACGUCGUCUCUACAUGGAUGUAACUCGUCGAGGACCUCAUGCAUUUGCACAUCUGGUAGAUACUCUUGGAGAGUUAGGAUACUGGGACUUGGCGCGUGAUCUGGACCCUGAUAGUCCAUUUUCUUUUUCAAGCCAACAGAGAUUCCACCCCAUUCCCCAACCUAAGCCGGCAGACAAUGAUAACUUUCGCAGUCUCAGCACAUCAAACAGGCCUAGAGCUGAACCCAAUAGAAUCAAUGCACAGUUACAGUCUACACCACCUCCUCCUGCCGUUGAGAACAACAACGUGAAUGAAGAGGUCACUGCACCACCAUUUAUCGUUAAGAAAAGCACAAAAUUUAUGGAGGAUGACGAUACUAAAGAUCUGAAGCUGUACAAAACGCGCGGCCGCAACCGUGGCAUCUUGCUAGAUUUCACAUACACAGAGUUUGAUAACAAUAUCGAAGAGUUUCGCAAUGGCGUCGACGUGGAUUGCAACAACCUCAAGUACCUAUUUGAUGAACUCGGCUUUCGUAGGCUCGGAUACCUCAACCUUACCAAAACUGAGACAAUGGAGACGCUAAAGUCUCUGAACAACGUAUUGGUGAACAUUGAGAGCGUGUUCAUCGUGGUAUCGUCGCACGGGUACGAGCGGCCGCACUCCUCCGACACCGACGUGCGCUGCAAGGACGGCCAGCUCAUCUCGCUGUACGAUUUCAUGACGUACUUCAACAACCGCAACAUGCCCGCCCUCAUCGGAGUCCCCAAAGUGUUCAUCUUCCAAAUGUGCAGAGGCAGCAGUGCGGACUACGCGUGGCACAGCUCGAGCCCGGCACAGCAGAUGCCGAUGCCGGCGGGGGACGUGGUGUACGACGGCCGGCCCGAGCCGCCCGCCAGCGCCGCGUCCUCCGCGCUGCACCUGUACGACCGCCCGCGACAGACGCCGCUCUACUCCGACAUACUUAUCGCGCACUCCACGCUUCCCGGGCUUGUGGCGCACCGGGACGGCAAGCGCGGGUCGUGGUACAUCCAAGCAUUGUGCGAGGUGUUCGCUGCGCGGGCACACGACUGCCACGUGGAGAAGCUGUUCACGUUGGUUGACCAGCGCAUGCAGGACAAGUUCAAGGUGCAGACCUCCUCGGUGGACCGCUGGGGCUUCAAUAAGAGGCUGUACCUGCACCCCGGCCUCUACGAGUGA